ACAUAAAAUUUAAUUUAUUUGUUUAAUGUGUAAUAUAUCAUUUUUAUAAAUAAAAUUGUGCAUUUGCAUUCCUGUACCAAUCAGAAGAAACAUUGGAUCUGCAUUUUGAACAUUUGUUGAAGUUAUACACAUACUAUUGAGGUUAUCUCGUGAAUGUUUAUUAGAUAUUGCAAAUAUGUCUAUGAAUUACAAUGCAGGAUAUUUUGAUUUGUGUAUAAAUGCAUCGAAUGAUGGUAAUACCUCCGAUUUACGUAAAAUGUUACAAAAAUCAUAUAUGCUUGGAUAUAGAUCAGUGGCAAUUAAUCAAAUCAUAGAUGAAAGUACUUUUGAAACUAAGAAAAAAAGGAAAAAAUGUGACGACGAGUCACGAACGUUUCUUAAUCCAAUUGAUAUCGAUGAUUUAAUCAAAGAAUUUGAAGGCAAAUUAAACAUUUUUAAUAGACUUACAUUUGCAUUUAAUGAUGAAGAGAAAACUCGUCUGUUGAAUCAAUCGAAUAUUUUGAAAAAGUUUCAUGUUUAUUCUGUCAUACCAAAAACAAGUGAAGCACUUCAGCUAGCUUGUACUCAAUUAAACACAGAUAUCAUUACUUUAAAUGCAUCCUGUACUCAAUUCAAAAUGACUAAAAAACUUUACAUGCAAGCUUUAGACAGAGAUGUACAUUUUGAAAUACAGUAUACAGAUGUGAUUAAUCCAGAAACACGACAACUUGCAAUACAUCAGGCACAUUUAUUUUAUAUUUAUGGAAAAAGCAAAAAUGUGAUAAUAUCGAGUGGGGCUAAUAAAGUUACGGACAUUAGAAAUCCUUACGACGUUAUCAACUUAGGAAUUUUAUUGGGAUUAAAUGAAAAUAAAUCUAAAGCAGCUAUUCUCUACCAAAAUAACAAUCUACUUUUAAGAGCAGAAAGACGACGUUUCGGUAAAGUUUUUGCAAUAAAAGUAGAAGAAGAGUUAAAAGAAGAUAAUAGUACCGAAUCAAAAAAAAGAAAGCUCGAUUUGUAAAUACAACGAAUAUUAGUGAAUUUAUUUUUCUAAUA